AUGGAGGAGGAAGUUGAGUUUGACUUCAUGACAGGUGCCUCUUGCCCAGAAAAAUUGGACAAAAAAGUGCGAAAAGGACUUCUGAAUAGCCACAGACGAACUCAGCUCCGACAUCCUCUCUUUACCCCGCCUUUCCAGGAAGACCCCGCCUCCGCCCCGUCGAGUGCUAGCCUUGGUCAUCUGCUCCACACAGCCGCGCAGCCCAACACCAUCAUGCGCUCAUAUAUCCUGAUUCUUUUUGUACAAUCUGCACUUGCUAACGUCAUUAACUACCAUUUACAUACGGAUAAUGAUAAUGAGAUCAACGAAUGUGUGGAGCGAUCGAUGGAGAUGUUAAUGGACGAGACAUGCCUGUUCUUUCGGCAAACCUCUGAACAGGACGCUUCAGUAACGUUUAUCCAAUCAGAGCACUGCUCAUGGCAAGAAUCAAAUCGAACCGUGCACUUGAACCCUACAUGUAUCUCGGACGACUUCUGCUACGAAAUGAUUGGACGGAUGUUGUCAAUAGACAAGCCAAAGCAGCAGAUUGCUCGAUUCCUCAAUUUGCACUAUAAUUGUACUGAGAAAUGUACGAUUGACUGCCGACAUGGAGGCAUCGUACUGCCCGAUUGCACCUGCAAAUGCAGCUAUGGAUUCACUGGAAAACAAUGUGAGAAAUUGGCAAAGCAAGCCUCAUUUACCGACUCAUCUUGUGGAGUCAUUGAUGCCAACGACGAUGGUGUCUUGAAUUUGUCCACAUACCCGGAACCUCGCGAAAAGACGACUUUCUGCCAGUGGCUUCUUGAAUCCUCAGACCCGUGGGCAGUGAUCGAAGUGAGCAUUGAACGGCUCGGUCUCGACGGCGAAGAUGUUCGACCUGGAGCUCGCUGCAACGACUUCUUCACGGUGUUCGGCGAGCAGGACCAAGUUGGCCCGCUGCCAUGCGACGGCUCGCUGAACAUAACCGAAUUGCGAUCGAAGGCGAACUGGCUGCUGUUGGAGCUGCGCAGCGAUCCCUACUCGGAGAACUCCGUCACCGGACCACUGCUGCGAUACAGCGUGAAGCGGCAACGACAGGGAGUGCGAGUCUAUUCCGAGGGCAUGACCUCGUCAACGGCUGCCCUCUCCACCAUCGCUGCCCUGGUGCUGUCCUCGCUCCGACUUCUCUGAAUCCGCUGCCGCAUUUGAUAUUUUCAAAUUUAUGUUCGUGACAUAGCUACUAAUGUUUGUUAUGCAUCAAUAUGUUUCUCAUCACGGGAAUACGGUCAGUACCUCGUUAAUCUCGCGAAUGGACCUCGCUGCCCGUUCCUCUUUGAUCUACACUAUCACUCAGGUGAACCGAAUCUCAGCUGACACUUCGCAAGCUGUUUCAAGCGUAACCGACUGAUCCGAGUCGUUUCUUGUCAUGUGUUCAAUAUUAUGUGAACUGUUGCAUUGUCUUGCUUGCUUUCUAGGAAAGGCACCCUUUAAGCAAGCAUACUAUAGUAUAGUGAAUAUUAAACAAUA